AAUCACGACCUCCCAUCCGCGUUCAUGUCGCUACCGGACCCACCGAGAGACAUCACUGCAAUCGCGGCCAUCGAGGCCAAGCUCGUGUUCCCCUCCUUCACCGCGGACACAGCAUGGGAGCUGGGGAGCGCCCUGCGAGCGCGCCUGCUCGAAUUCCCCACCCCAGUCGUUAUCAACAUCACCCUCGCCAACUCGAACCAGCUACUGUUUCACACUGCCACGCGCCCGGGCACGCAGCCGGACAAUGAUCUGUGGGUCGCGCGGAAGCGCAAGACCGUCCUGCGCUGGGGGUCGUCGACCUGGUAUAUGCACAACAAAAUGAAAGGAGACGAGAAGGCUUUCGCCGAGAAGUAUAUGCUGGGAGAGACGGCGGGCGAAUAUGCCAUCCACGGUGGUGGAUUCCCUAUCCGUGUGAAAGGUGUCGAGGGUGUCGUCGGCGUCAUAGUCGUGAGUGGACUGAAGCAGGAAUGGGACCAUCAGAUUAUCGUCGAAACGGUGGAAAGGUUUUUAGCCGGCCAGGGAGCGCAGUAAACAGCGGGCAUGAAACUGCUAUGUACAUAAGUUUGAAUUAGACACUAUUUCGCUAUAUAUCGUACACGACAUGCUCAUGCUCAACAGAAUAUAGCAACCUUCGGUGAUGCCGACUCGUGUCGACGGCCGGCCAGAGGGCACACAUGGAUAUCUGAAGCGAGUUGUGAUUAUGAAGUCAAGGGAUAGUUCAAGAUGUUGGGUAUCGGGAACGUGAGCGGUAUCUGUCGCAGAUUUUACGUCGCGGCUUGCCAGGUCCAAGGGAUUCGUGCGGUCAAUACUUUUGAGGUGAACAGAGACGACCGUAGAGAUCGUCGGUUUCUGGCCGUCGCCCACGCCGCGACCAAGCCAACGCGUGAAAUCAUGCACAUCCAACCAUUCCACGGCAUUCGCGAUUGUGAAGGUGCCAGUCUCACAAAUCUCUUUUGAGAAUGUCUAUAAUCAGACAAACGCGCCUGUCCAGCUGCUAGAACGAUCAUGUCGACUGCGAGGGUGGGAGACGGCAUCCCACAAGGACAGAUCAAGUUCGCAAUUAGAAAUGUAGUCUGAAAUGUUCAGUCAGACACGCGGAACCAAGGGCCGAUGAAGUUACGCGUCAAGAGGCGGUAGCAACUGCAUUGAAGGCUUACAUAAAUCAAGGAUCCCACGCCCAUUAGCGCCAAAAAAC